GCAUCCAACAUAGAGAAAGAUCCUGUUGGAGUAUACUGCCGUAUACGACCACUUGGAGCAGGAGAUGAGGAAUGUUGUAUUGAGAUGAUCAGCAGCUCCACUAUUCAGCUGCAUGCUCCUGAUGGUCUUAAAGCCAACCGCAAUGGGGAAUACAAAGAGACACAGUACUCCUUUAAAAAAGUAUUUGGUAUUAAUACCACUCAAAUGGAGCUGUUUGAGGAUGUUGCCAAGCCACUGGUAGACGACCUUAUUCACUGUAAGAAUGGUCUGCUGUUUACAUACGGUGUUACUGGAAGUGGUAAGACCUUCACCAUGACCGGCUCACCUGGGGAAGGUGGACUCCUCCCUCGUUCUUUAGACAUGCUCUUCAACAGCAUUGGUCCCUUUCAGGCCAAAAGAUUUGUGUUUAAACCAGAUGACAAGAAUGGGAUGGAAAUUCAAGGUCAAGUUGAUGCUCUCCUGGAGAGACAGAAGCGAGACAGUCAGCAGUCAGUGCCCAAAACACCAUCUUCCAGGCAGAAGCCUGACCCAGAGUUUGCAGAUAUGAUCAGCUCAGAGGAGGCAUGUAAAUCUGAGAAUGUGGAUGAAGACUGUUGUUACAGCGUCUUUGUGUCCUACAUCGAGAUCUAUAAUAACUAUAUUUAUGAUCUCCUUGAAGAUGCUCCGUUUGACCCAAUCAGACCAAAACCGCCUCAAUCCAAGAUUCUCCGUGAAGAUCAGAAUCAUAACAUGUAUGUGGCUGGCUGCACAGAAGUUGAGGUAAAAUCUACAGAAGAGGCUUUUGAAGUCUUUUGGAAGGGACAAAAGAAAAGGAGGAUAGCCAACACUCAGCUCAACCGUGAAUCCAGUCGCUCCCACAGUGUGUUCACAGUAAAGCUGGCCCAGGCACCACUGGAUGCUGAUGGUGACCACAUUCUACAGGACAAAAACCAGGUGAAUGUGAGCCAGCUCUGUCUGGUUGACCUGGCAGGCAGUGAGCGCACCAGCAGAACCAGAGCAGAGGGAAGCCGUCUCCGUGAAGCAGGUAAUAUUAACCAGUCCUUGAUGACACUGCGCACGUGUAUGGAAGUCCUGCGUGAAAACCAGAUGUGUGGAACUAAUAAGAUGGUGCCAUACAGGGACUCUAAAGUUACACAUCUGUUUAAAAACUAUUUUGAUGGAGAAGGGAAAGUCAGGAUGAUUGUGUGUGUCAACCCAAACGCUGAUGAUUAUGAAGAAACUAUGCUGGUGAUGCGCUUUGCAGAGAUGACACAGGAAGUGGAGGUGGCACGACCAGUAGACCGGCCAAUCUGUGGCCUUGCUGCAGGACGCAGGCACAGAAACCAGGCAUUCAGAGAUGAGUUUUCACGUCACCUGGAAGAGCGAGGAGGUCCUACUAAUGCUGUAGAUGACCCAGCUCUGCUGAAUCAGCUCAUAGAAAGCCUUCCGGCCCUGCCUCCUUGUGAGCUGGUGGACCCAGAUGAUGACCAGACGCUGCCCCGCCUGAUUGAAGUCCUGGAAACGAGGCAUCGUAUUCGUCAGAUGAUGACAGACCAGUUCAACAAAACUGCCAGUACACUGAAGUGUAUGCUUGAGCAGUUUGACAGUCAGAUCAACGCAAAGGAGACCUACCUGCAUGAUCAACAAAGCAAACUGAACCAGAAAGACAAAGUCAUCAUCAACCAGAGGACGGAGAUGGAACGAUUAGAGAAAAAAUCUAAAACAUUGGAAUACAAGAUUGAUAUCCUGCAAAAGACAACAGACAUGUAUGAGCAUGAUAAACGCUCACUUAAGCAGGAGCUGGAGACGCGUGAGCAGAGGCUACAGAGAGAGCUGUCAGAGAGGAGGCGCAUGGAGCAUCGCAUGCAGGGCAUGGUGACAGACACCAAACUCAAGUGGGAGAAAGAGUGUGAGAGACGAGUGAACGCAAAGCAGCUGGAGAUGCAGAACAAGUUGUGGGUGAAAGAUGAAAAGUUGAAGCAGCUCAAGGCCAUAGUGACUGAGAGCAGCAGCAGUGGCGGCUGUCUCACUGGCCGCCCAGAGAAGCCUGAGAGGCCCUCAAGGGAGAGAGACCGUAACAACGCCCAGAAGAGAUCUGCCUCACCAUCACCACUUCCUGACUUGAGCCAAACCCCUUCUCACCAAAAACGAGGCAAUGUUAGGGCAGUUCAAGAAGCUUACCCCACCUCCUCUUCCACUACCUCCUCUACCUCCUCUUCAUCUCUACGUUCAGUGGCCUCCUGCAUCUCCGAGUGGGAGCAGAGGUUCCCUGUAGACUCAAGCAGCCAGACUAGGUACCCUGGGACUCCCCAGUACAGGAGCCGGACUCCCGCCCAAUGCCACGGCACCAGCAGUGUGGGUCGCAGGAGAGGCCAACACUGGGCCAAAGACACUGAGGCCCCUGCUACGACUCUUGUCUAUGGGCUAGACCUAGAGGCAGGCACAAGGGGUAAUGUUUUUAAGACCAGAGGUGGAGGACAAGCUGUGCAGUUUACUGACAUUGAGACACUAAAACAAGAGUGCCCAACAGCACCAAGUCGUAAGAGGCGAUCCGGGUCUGGAGAAGGACCGCUUCAAGUAGAGGACAUCGAAAACAGAGCUCCAGUGGCAAACACAAGUUCAAGCCAUGGCUAUCAAAAACGCAGGAAGCCUUAAGUUGCUGUACAUAUGAAGGGACUUUUUUUUUUCGUCUUGGAAACAUGCAAGAUGUGUCAUUACAAUUGGAGCGGUGAAGGGACCACCAUGUGGAACUAUGCAUCCUUUUUGAGAGCCAGAGCAUUUUUCUCUUGUAUCUGAUGUUAUUACAAAUUAUUAUGGUGCAAUUAUAAUUGAAUCAUAGCCAACAAGAUGUUGAUUAAUGGAGAAUAUUUCAGUUGAAACUUGCUUGAUUUCUACGCAUUUUUGUUUUGAAAUACUACAAUUAUUACUUCUUAAAGACAUGGACAUAUUAAAAAGCCCAAUAUGAAUAUUUUGUGAUAAAUGUAAAUUUUUAUUAUUUAAUCUUUUUCACAGCUUUUUACUGCUUCCCAAAGAUUAGAAUAUAUGAGCUUUAGAAAAUGUUUGUUUUUUACUUUAUAGUGUCCCUUC